ACAGGUGGCUGUAAGGGUUUGAAGAGUCUAAGAAUAAAUAGAGCACUCACAAUGUGCAAGAGCACUCAUAGCACAGGAACACCACUGUGAUUGGUAGCAAGGGGUGAAGGCAGCAUUGAGGUUUCUUCUGAUCAUCUGCCUAGCACCAGUGGAAGUGCUCUGCAUAGGAUUUCCUGAAAAGAUUCUAAUAUUUUCACUCAGCACCUUGCUUUCAUCGGUUUUCACACAUACAAGGACUAUUUUGUUGAGACCAUUUCCAUUUUGGAGGGAACCAUCCAUACAGCUGACAACAGAACUAAGGCCGAGCUUUAAUGAAGAAGCAUCAGCGCUGCUAACAUUCACACAAAUUGGGGUUCAAGACCUUUGUGACCAAUGAUGAAGUCGUCAUGGAAACUGUUUAUGUUUCUGUCACUUGCUGGGUAUCUUUCAGACUGUUCAGAAGCUGUUCCAGGCCUCCCUACUUCAUAUGCUGCUAUCCUAAGAAUUAGAGCUGGUGGUUCAUCUUCAGCCUCGUUUAGUUCUAAGAGCCGACCACGAUCAAGCAGCCCUUCAUUAGGAAGCGUAUCUUCACCAAGCUGGAGAGGAGCAGCGCAACAGUACCACUCACCAACAAACCUCUAUCACUUCUCAGAGGCCUUUAGACAUGAUGAAAGUGCUGAUUAUGGGCCAGUGUUUAUACAAGAGCCUGAUGAUUUGAUUUUUCCUACUGAUUCUGAGGAGAAGAAAGUGUCUCUGAAUUGUCAAGCACGAGGAAAUCCUGCUCCUACAUACAGAUGGUUACGGAAUGGAACUGAAAUUGACAUUGAAAGUGAUUACCGCUACAGUUUGAUAGAAGGAAGUUUGAUCAUCAGCAAUCCCAGUGAAGCUAAGGAUUCUGGGCAGUAUCAGUGUCUAACUACCAACAUGUUUGGCACCAUAUUGAGUAAAGAGGCCCUUCUUCAAUUUGCAUAUCUGGGCAAUUUUAGUGGACGGACAAGAAGUGCAGUGUCUGUACGGGAAGGUCAAGGAGUUGUUCUGAUGUGCUCUCCUCCGCUACAUUCACCAGAGAUCAUCUAUAGUUGGGUAUUUAAUGAAUUCCCAUCUUUCGUGGCAGAAGAUAGCAGACGUUUCAUCUCUCAGGAGACAGGCAAUCUGUACAUCUCCAAGGUGCAAACAUCUGAUGUUGGCAGCUAUAUCUGUCUGGUAAAAAACACAGUGACAAAUGCCAGAGUUCUGAGUCCUCCUACACCACUUACACUACGAAAUGAUGGUGUGAUGGGGGAAUACGAGCCAAAAAUUGAGGUCCAUUUUCCAUAUACAGUUACAGCUGCUAAGGGAACUACCGUUAAGAUGGAGUGCUUUGCUCUUGGCAACCCUGUUCCAACAAUCUCAUGGAGGAAAGUUAAUGGUCAUAAUCCAAGCAAAGCCCGUCUGAGAAAAUCCCAAGCUGUGCUUGAAAUACCUAACGUGCAGCUAGAUGAUGCAGGGAUGUAUGAAUGUAAGGCUGAAAACUCACGUGGAAGGAAUGUCUUCAGAGGACAGCUACAAGUGUACACCUAUCCACAUUGGAUGGAGAAGCUUAACGAUACUCAGUUAGACAGUGGAGAUCAGCUCCGAUGGGAAUGCAAAGCCACUGGAAAACCAAGGCCAACCUAUCGUUGGCUGAAGAAUGGACUCCCUAUCUGGACACAGAGCAGGGUUGAGAUGGUUAAUGGUGUACUGAUGAUCCACAGUGUGAAUCUCUCAGAUGCUGGAAUGUACCAAUGCUUAGCAGAAAAUAAAUAUGGAACCAUUUAUGCCAGUGCUGAGUUGAAGAUUUUGGCUUCAGCUCCCACUUUUCCACUAAAUCAAAUGAAGAAAACAAUAAUUGUUACCAGGGGCCAAGAAGUUGUCAUUGAGUGCAAACCACAAGCCUCUCCAAAACCAACUAUCACCUGGAAGAAAGGAGACAAAGCAGUAAGGGAGAAUAAGAGGAUAACUGUUCUUCCAGAUGGGAGCCUACGUAUCCUGAAUGCUUCCAAAUCUGACGAAGGAAGGUACUUGUGCCAAGGGGAGAAUGUAUUUGGUUCUGCAGAAAUUGUAACAUCGGUAUUUGUUAAAGAACCUACAAGAUUAGAAUUGACUCCUAAGAGGACCGAAUUAACAGUUGGGGAGAGCAUCGUUCUCAACUGCAAAGCCAUUCAUGACAACACACUGGACGUCUCUUUCUAUUGGACCUUGAAUGGACAGCCAAUUGAUUUUGAGAAGGAAGGUGGACACUUUGAAAGCAUCAGGGCACAAGCAUCCUCUGCAGAUUUAAUGAUCAGGAACAUCCUUCUGAUGCAUGCUGGGAGAUAUGGCUGCAGGGUACAGACCACAGCAGACAGUGUGUCAGAUGAGGCAGAACUUCUUGUUAGGGGUCCUCCUGGUCCCCCAGGGGUAGUAAUAGUUGAAGAAAUUACAGACACCACAGCAACACUUUCUUGGAGUCCAGGGGCAGACAAUCACAGCCCUAUCUCCUUCUACAACUUGCAAGCACGCAGCCCAUUUUCACUUGGCUGGCAGACUGUAAAGACAGUUCCAGAUACCAUAAGCGGUGACAUGGAAUCUGCCAUGGCAGUAGAACUGAACCCUUGGGUAGAAUAUGAGUUCAGAGUUGUAGCAACCAACAAAAUUGGGACUGGGGAUCCCAGUGCACCAUCUCGAGUGAUCAGAACCAAUGAAGCAGUUCCAAAGACAUCUCCAGCUAAUGUAAGUGGCAGAAGUGGAAGACGGCAUGAAUUAGUAAUAGCUUGGGAGCCAGUAUCAGAAGAGUUUCAGAAUGGGGAAGGAUUUGGAUACAUUGUGGCAUUCAGACCCAAUGGAACACGAGGUUGGAAGGAAAAAAUGGUGACAUCUUCAGAUGCUUCAAAGUUCAUCUACAGGGAUGAAAGUGUACCUCCUCUUACCCCCUUUGAGGUGAAAGUUGGUGUAUAUAACAACAAAGGAGAUGGACCCUUCAGCCAUAUUGUGGUUAUCUGUUCAGCCGAAGGAGAACCCAGUGCUGCUCCUUUCGAUGUCAAAGCUACAAGUUUGUCUGUAUCAGAGAUUCUUGUUGCGUGGAAACGUAUUAAAGAAAGUCUAGGAAGACCACAGGGAUUUGAGGUUGCAUACUGGAGAGAUAUGGAGCAGGAAGAAGCAGCAGAAAAAGUCAAAACUGAGGGAAAUGAAUCAUCCAUCAUUCUGACGGGAUUAGAAGGAAACACAUUAUACCACCUAACAGUCAGGGCCUAUAAUGCUGCUGGAUAUGGACCACCUAGCACAACUGUGCAUGCUGCCACCAAGAAAUCCCCUCCCAGCCAACCACCAAGCAAUAUUAUGUGGAUGCAAGAUGGCUCUCAUGUGUCUCUGGGAUGGGAGCCAGUCAGACCUCUAGCAAAUGAAUCUGAUGUAAUGGGGUAUAAGGUAUUGUUUAGACAAGAAGGUCAAAGCAACAGUCAGGUCAUUGAAACACAGAAAACCUCUGCAGUGGUUCUUCUUCCUGAUGUUGGCGUCUAUAUCAUAGAGGUUUGUGCUGUCAGUGAAGGAGGGGACGGGACAGUCAGCUCCCAAAUCAGGGUGCCAUCUUUUUCAGGGGGAAAAGUCACGAGCUCUCAAUCCACUUUACACAUUUUCUCAACGUCCUCAUCAUCUGUAACGUUGCUCUUGGCACUGAUGGUUCCUUCAACCUCAUGGUGA